GAACUGGGGGUGGGGAAGAAGGGGUAGAAGCGACGGCGCCUCUCCCAUUACCAGGCAACGGUCUGGGCCGGGGGUGGGGCCGGCGCGCCACCGUGCGUCACUGAGGCGCGACGGGGCUGAGAUCUAGUUGCGGCUGCCGCCGUCGGAGCCUUUGGUCCUAAAGCUGCCGCCUGCGGGCUUGGCGGGGCUGGUACGGGCGGCGGGACGGUCCCUGAGCGCCGUCGCCCCCGCUGGGACCGCGAUGCCUUGAAACCGAAAAACGCCACAUGUGAAUGAAACACCACUCUUACUGGAUUUUGAAUUGCAUUACUUCACCAUGGGACAGCAAAUUUCUGAUCAGACGCAAAUGGUUAUAAACAAGUUGCCUGAAAAAGUAACCAAACACAUCUCUCUGGUUCGAGAAAGUGGUUCUCUUACCUAUGAGGAAUUUCUGGGGAGAGUAGCUGAACUGAAUGAUGUAACUGCAAAAGUGGCUUCUGGCCAAGAAAAGCAUCUUCUGUUUGAGGUACAACCAAGAUCAGAUUCCUCUGCCUUUUGGAAGGUGCUUGUUCGAGUGGUGUGUACCAAGAUUAACAAAAGCAGUGGAAUUGUAGAAGCUUCAAGAAUCAUGAAUUUAUAUCAGUUUAUCCAGCUUUAUAAAGAUAUCACUAGCCAAGCAGCAGGAGUCUUGGCACAAGGCCCUACUACUUCUGAAGGAACUGCUGAGAACUUGUCAUCUGUGUCUUCCUGUCAGGCCAGCAUUUGGAUGGGAAGAGUGAAGCAGCUGACCGAUGAGGAGGAAUGUUGUAUUUGCAUGGAUGGGCGAGCCGACCUCAUUCUGCCCUGUGCCCACAGCUUUUGUCAGAAGUGCAUUGAUAAAUGGAGUGAUCGACACAGGAACUGUCCUAUCUGCCGUCUACAUCUGACUGGGGUCAAUGAUUCUUGGGUUGUGUCUGACGCGCCUACAGAAGAUGACAUGGCUAACUAUAUACUUAACAUGGCUGAUGAGGCAGGCCAGCCUCACGUGCCAUGAAAACUGGGGACUUUUCUUGUAACUUGGGCUGUAAAUCCCAUUUGGGGAUGGAGUAAGGAAUACAGGGGCAUCAAUGUCAUGAGCACAUGAAAAUUGAUUCCUCCCCUCAUCCCAUCUUUAUUUUUGCCACUCUUUUUCACAAUUUAUUCCAUCCCUUUUUGAUAAAUUUCAUGAAUCUUUUGUUUUAAUCUAAAUCUAAAUUACUGUUUUAAAUCUUUGUACAUGAGCCAGUCACAUAUGUUGGUAAGUAUCCCAGUAGGCAAUGGUGUUCAACACUGAGAAUUCUUUGGCUGUUCUGGAAGCAUCGUUUUGAAAAACUUCUGAAACACUGGUUUUGGGGAGGCAUGUUAGUUUCUGAUAAAUCUUCAGUGUUCAGUAGGCAUAGGUUUCUGACACACAAACUGAACCCAGUUUAAAACAACUGAAAAUAGAAAAUAAAUCCAAGUGCUCAUUACUACUAAGCUAGUCGUUUACUGGAAUUUAAGGGGUGCUUAUUGCCCCCUGCUGGUUAAUUGUGACUACAUUAAUGAUCUCUGCAAGAAGUAACCACAGAUGCUUCCUAAUCAAGCAGUUGUGAUUCAGAGAUAAUAGACAAAGUAGACUAUAUAUUUUAAAGGGACUAAGAAAUUUAGAGCUUCUGAAAUUAUUUUUGCAGACAAGUAUUUGGGAGAGACGAUCUGUGGGCUGCUUAAUGAUUUCUAAUAGCCCUUGUGUAAAAUUCUGGGGUUUGAUAGGGACAUUUUUCUUAAGAAAAAGCUCCGAAGUCUUAUACUUUCAAACUCUACAUACUGGAGGCAAAUCUUGACUAAAUGAUAAAUUACUCAGUAUUGACCAUGGUGCUUUUUAGUUUAAUCAUUUGGCAGCAUCUUCCUGAGAUUUCCAAAUGCUCCCACUUAGGAGGUUAAAAGGACACAAAAUCAGUGGCACUGCUUCUUCCCCUUAAGAGUGGGGCCUUCCUGAAACAGAGAGGAAGUUCAGAUUGGUUUGAUUAGAAUAUUCAGAAACAAAGUAGUAGGAAUGAGGUCAUAUGCAGGGUUCUAAUAGCAUUUCAACCUCCUUUGUGAAAGGAGAAAGUGUUCACAAAGAAAGCGUUUGGUUUAUCUUGACAUUCAGCGCACAUGAAACCAUUUCCUUUAAAAACAAAUGUAUUCAGUGUUCCAAGGAAGCCAUGCUGAGCUGUUUGGUUAAAGUUACAAACAUACGAAUUCUUAUAAGCAUUGGGGCAUAUGAUUUAUAUUGCUAUUUCAGGGAAUAGAUGCAGGAUUGUGUGUGUAAAUAGAAGAUUCUUUGAUUUUUUUUUAGCAAGUGUGCAAAUAAAAUUAAUGACCCAUUUGUAGAAAAUAAACUUGUUCCUUUCUUGUUGAUGUUAUUCUCCCCUCAGAUAUAGGGAAAAGGUCUGACUAAGGAGUGGCUUACAGAGAUUCUGCCCCUCUUUUGGGGUCUGUGACUAAAUAGCUGGUGGAUAUUUGUUGAAUGAGUGCCUUAGGGCCAAAUCUGAAUUUAUUUUUUGAAUUUGACUUGCAGAGGUGGUCUUUGUAAUCCUAACUCAAGCUACUUUUUAAUAUAGUCACAUAUACAUUGUGUCUACACUAUGUAAUCUUUUGGCCAUGCUUAAAAAUAGAAUUGCCAAGAAAACCAAACAGUUUGCUCUCCAAGUUUUAAAAUGAACCAUCGAAACACUCAGCCGUGGUGCCUGGACAUUAUUUGGAUUUAAAUGGCACACACUGACUGUUUCUACAAGUGAGUGCCGGGCUUGAGAAAUUCUCUUCUUAGACUGGCUCUGGUUCUGUUUUCAUUUUCAAACAUACAUCAAAUUGUGAGAUGCCUCUUUUCCCCACUCUUGUAAUUCUUCCAUAUGAAUUCCAUUGAAGUCCAGGGACACUUAUGGCUGGAGUACAUGAAAGGACCUGCAAUCGUAAGGAGGAGCAUAGUAGUGAGAACUGUAGCCAUAGAAGAGGGGCAGAAUCUGUACAGGUUUGCAAUCCCCACUCCUCAAUUUCUUGAACUAAAAGUCCUUGUAUCUUACUAGGCAGUGAGUGUAGGUGAUGAUAAUGAUAACUGAUCUCUAUACAUCAUCUCAUUGAACCCUCACAGCAGCCCUGCUAGGUAGCUCCUUCAUUCAUUCCCUCUAUUUUACACAUGAGUACACUGAGGUCCGAGAGGAGAAAUCAUUUGCCCAUGGUUCCUCAGCCAGGCAGGAUUUUCAAGGUCUUCCUGAGACCAUAUGCAGGGCUCUUUCCAUAGUAUCACAGACGGUAUCCACCGCAGCAGAAACACUUUCUUUGGCCAACUUUCACUGUGCCAUCUCUGCAGGCCAGCCUUAUAACCAUUUGCUUCCAUAUAGCUUUUCUCUUUCAGGGAGUUAGUAACCAGCCAAGAGCACUGAGGAAUCCAAUAUUAACAAAACUCUCCCCACCCCAUCCAUUGACUGACUGCUGUGCAGUAUCUCACAUUUUCACCAGCCUCAUCAAAAUAAGUGGGAAACCAACAAUCCCAUUUGUCUACUGACUCUACUAAGUUUCACAAUUUUUCUUUUGCAUGUGAAUGAAGUGUAGUUUCUACUAUAGAAUAAACUAAUGCCCAAAGUCGUAAUUUUGUUUAAAGGUGAAGUUGUAAACUUUUUUUAUCUUAUGCUUUUAAGUCUUUUAUAAUUAGAAAUUACCUAAAUGCACUUGCUGUGCCAGGAGGUCAGAAUCAUGGCGUAACUUGUGCCUUCUAGAUAGAGCCGGUGAUAGUCUAGUCUCUCAUGCACUCACUCACUCUGAGGAACUGGAUUUGCUUAAUGGACACAAUGUCCUUUUCUUAAUGCACUAAAAGGGUUCUACAAUUUACCAAUAACUAUACCACUUUAAUGUGCUAGGGUGAGUGAAUAUGAACUCUUUGCUCUUUUCUCUGUUUAGGUGCAAAUAAAAUAGACUCGCUAUUUAAAAUAGCAAUGCUUCAUUAUGUUAAAAUUUCUAUUUCUUGAACUUUCUGAAAGUCGCAUCUGAGCUUGCAUUCGGAUGUAUUAGGGACUAAUAAACACCCCAGUCUGUAUUAUUAGGGGCAGAUUGAUAAGUUGUGCAAUAAAUAAUGGGAAGGGGGUAGCUGGAAAGAAAAGACAGCUGUUGGCAAUUGUUUUUUCUUACAAUUGUGUGGUUUACAAUUAUGUAAUGUAUUGGUUGGAUCUGUGGACUAACUAUAAAUAUAUAUUCCUUAGAGAGCUGUUUUUUACACUGUACAUUGGAUUCUAGUGGUGUUUAUGACUGAUUUGAGACCUUUUCUCCCUAUUUUAAAAAAUUAAUUAAUUGAGCUAUUUAUUGGAACCAGUCCUCCCCCCCAUGCUGAUUGCUUGCAGUGAGGUGAUAAGUAACCAGCUUACUGCCAUGGCCCCUAUUUUAAGUGGUACUAAGUGGUAUUGAAUAAUUGGAGUGCUGAGGAGAAUUGGACAUAUUUCAAAUAAUUCAAGCUCCAAUUUAGAUUUUCUUAAAUAAGCCACAUUUGCUACGUUUACCAAAGAAUGGGGAGAAAACCAUUUCAAAGAUGGAGGAUUAGCUAACCAUCUGUGUGGUGGGCACAGGAGCAGAGAGGUCUCUGUGAAUGAAAACACAAGGGAGAUGUCUUGUGUCAGGUUAUAUCUUUUUAUCAUAUUUGUGGAAAGUAGUAAAGAUAAUUGCUCCACUA